UGAUUUUCUUUGCGUGCUCUCUUGAUUUUCUUUCUUUUCCUUGCCGCAAAUGUGUGUAAACUAAUAAGUAGCUGAAAAUCAAUGCUAUGCUCUUUGAGUAGAGUAUAAACAUUAUAAUGCAGCCAGCCGACUUGUGACAACAACGAAUAGAGAAAACCGAGAGCGACUCUUUACAAGAGGCGCCUUCUCAUCUCUUCAUGAUCAAAUUUUGAAAGUAGUAAAUGCUCUUUCAAAUUUAACCCCUCUCCUCCCGAAUCUUUGUCCUUUUUUUCUUUCUUUUGAUGUUUUAGAGUAGUAUUUACAUUUUUUCGAAAAGCUUGUAUUUUUUGUAAAUCAAGCGUUAACCAAUUUAUUUUUUUAAAAGUAAGCUUUUUUGUUAGCAAAGCACAAAAUAAAUCUUUAUAAUAAAUCUUAAUUUUCUUUAAGUCAACCCACACAAUGUUUUCCAUUAGAGUCUGGUAUGUAUGUGUGAUUUUAAUGAGUGCCUGGAAAAAUCGGUUUUUCCGGAGUCGGAUCCGGAUUCCUGAUUUGUAACUAGGAUUAGUUCGAUCAACCGGGUUAGUCCGAUCAGGAAAUAAUCCGGGCGGAGAUCGGGAAAAGUAAUCCAAAAACCCCGAUCUAAUUUAGUUUAAAAAAUUUCUUUUCAGAGUAUCACUUCUUAAAUUUAAUUUUAAUAUUUUUUACCUCAAUUAACUACCAAUUUUAUAAUUUAUACUUCUCUUAAUGAUAAUUCUUAAACUCAUCAAAAAUUGAAUAAGCAUUUUUAUUAAUGGCCAACCAGUCUCAACAUAAUGAUACUGCGGUUAUAGAACAUAAUAAAAGAGUGUCUUUUGGUGGCGAGGAACAUGUUCAAAUGAUUCUGUAUGAUGAUGGUGUGGAGAAUGAUUAUAGUAUAGCCAGCUAUCGGCAACAAAACAAAUCAACAACUUAUACAGAUCCAGACGCUCCUCUUAGCCGUGUUAGAGUACACGCUGAACAAGUUGAAUUGCCUAGACCAAUUUCACCACCCGCACAAAUUACCACAACAACAACACAGCCAACAGCAAUUGUGGAUGCUGUUGGUUCGUCAGCAUCAGGUCUGGCCACUCCUCAAGUCACUGCCUCAUCCACUUCGAUUCAGAUGGUGAACAGUCCUCCAUUGCCCUCUUUUAUGAAAAAAUCAGAACAUGAAAAUGAAAAUCCAUUUCGGCCAGAUGAGCAGCUUUAUCACGAGGUUGAUCCUAUUGUUGAGUUGUAUCGACAAAAACCAUUUCCGCCUUCACCCUCACACGGGUCUCCUGUACCUUCACACCAACUAAAUUCACAACCUUCCUCCUCAUCUCAUCAGCGUUCAUCAAUUCGCACAGAUAAAGUCGCCAAUGGAGAUAGUGGUGGAGGUGGAGGAGGUGCUUUUACGGAGGCAAGACAAGAAGCUUCUACGCAUGCAACAAGCAGCAAUCAACCAUUAAUAAUGGACACUUCUGUCUCCGUGGAUGGGCUAGGGCCUCCGGGCCAUGCCGAAAUGGUACGGUUACCCGAGAAAAAGAAACGUUCCUGUUGCUCCCUUCAAUGA